AUGGCCACAAGGAAAACAAGACGCACCUCCGACCGCCGACGCCGACGAGUGAUAAUUGUCGUCGCCGUCACUGUGACAUGUGUACUGAUUGUUGGGGUCAUUGUCGGCGCCGUCAUUGCGUUAACACGUGUUGGAGACAUCGACGAGUGCGACAGUUCUCCUUGUACGCUCGGAGGUAUCUGCAAGGACUUGGUGAACAACUACACUUGUACGUGUCGGCCUGUCACAACCGGCAGGAACUGCGAUAUAACGGUCCGCGGCUUCAAAAUCACGUCGGAUAUCGGGAUUGACAAUGUGCAGCUUGCGGAGAAUUGCCCGAAUCCUUUUUCCUGUAACCGUUAUGAGGGCAACUGUGGUUGGAAUAAGACUCAAAUGAACAAUUUAGUCUCAUGGCAGUAUGUUGAAAGCACUUUAACGGAUGAAGCCAGAGGUAUUCGAAUCAGAGGGGGGCCGAGAUCGUACUCUGGUCUUGUUGAGCUUUUCUAUCAGGGCAGGUGGUACAGAGUAUGCGACAAGGGCGACAAGGACGACAAGGGCUGGGGCAAAAAUGCUGCUACAGUUGCAUGUCGGUGGCUAGGAAUAUCCAUUCCAAGUGCUAGCUAUAAUCGACAGUGCUGCGAAAUGGAAAGAGAAAGUUUAUCGUUUAUUCUUGCAAAUCUGAUGUGCACAUCAACGGAAAAUACUCUGUACAACUGCAGUCACGAUGGCCUCUUAAAUGCUUUGGGCUGUAGCAGUAACGAUUAUUUAUUCGUGACAUGUUAUGGAACAAAGAACGAACUUCUUUUGAACACCAAUCAACCACACUUCUACUUGAGAACAAUUAGUUAUUGGGGCAUACCAUUUACAUAGAAGUAAUCAAGACAACCGAAAAUGAGUUACACUUCUUAAAUUAGUGUUAUUUAAAAAGACUGAUUUAUUUAGUAAUCUCGGUUUGUUCUUUGGACAUGUGUGAUGUUUUAUAUCGAUUGGUGAUACACUUAAUAUACUGAUAUUGUUUGUGAAUUUGCUUUGCUUUCAUAAAUAUUACAGUGACGCUAAAAUUAGACUAUAUAUUUGAUGCGGUAUACACUUCAGAGACUUUUGUAACACAAAUCUUUUCAGACUUGAAUAUAUAAGUUAUUUUAGUACAGAUUUUGAUUUAAAUUUGUGACUGAGAUCAUUUGACAACAUUUUGUGCAAGCUCACAUUAAAUUAAUUCGUCCAUGACAAUCGGACGCUAUAGCACGUUGGAUUGGUAUGGUUGAAUCAUUUUGGCACGUGACAAUGUAUGUUUUCCUGGGGUCCGUUUCAUCAACGAUCGUACGACAAAAUUGAAAUACGACACAUAUUUCGAAGACGCAUUUUAACUAAACACCAAAUAAUAAUACUAUUAUUUUUCCGUAUAUCUAUUCAUUUCAUUGUUUUCUCACAUAUGAUUUAUAUUUUGAAUGCAUAUUGAUGAACAGCUUUUGUAUUUUCAGUCUCCAAAAUUAGGUCGUAAAUUAAGAUUGUCGUACGAUCUUUGAUGA